AUGCCUACUUUGAUCCCGUCGGUCUCCAUAGGAUCAGAGUCGUACUCCCGGCUUUCCCGUUCCGAACAGCAAAAGUCCCACAAGUUGGGCACGCUUUCUUGUGUUUCGCUCAUCACCAACAAGAUGAUAGGAACGGGUCUUUUCAGUACACCGUCCAUUAUUUUCAAGUACUGCAAUGGUAACGUGCCUUUGUACCUUGGGUUGUGGGUGUUGGGAGCGUUUAUUAUCUUCAGUGGGCUUCUUAUCUACUUGGAGUUUGCGCUUAAUCUUCCGUUGCAGAAUGGUGGUGAGAAGAACUACUUGCUUAGGGUGUUUAGACAGCCCAAGGGCUUAGCUGGGUGUGUUUACGCUUUCCAGAUGGUGUUUUUGGGGUUUAGUUCAGGCAAUUCGUUUGCGUUUGGAAAGUAUAUCUGGUAUGCUGUUUCAGGAGCUCAGGUUGGUGAUGACGACUGGACGUCUAAGAUAAUUGGCGUGGUUUGUAUUACCAUGUGUAUCUGGCUUCAUAUCCAGUACCCGAACCAGGCGACGUCGCUUUUCAAUUUCUUGGGGAUGUUUAAGAUCGUCAUUUUGGUGCUUAUCAUUGCAAUUGGCUCUUUGGUGGCUGUGGACGUUAUUCACGUUCCUGAAACACCUCCAAACGCCGAGAUCAUCACUUCAGGCGUGUCCAGCAACUUCUAUUCGAUAUCUGUGGCUCUUUUGGAGAUCGUGUACUCGUUUAAGGGCUGGGAGAACGCUAACUAUGUGUUGUCUGAGAUUGAAGACCCAUACCAUGUUCUUACUAUCGCUGCACCCAUGGCCGUUCUUCUUGUCACGCUUCUUUACUUCUUGGUGAUCAUCAGCUACCUUAUUGUGAUUCCAAAAGAAGAACUCUUAAACAGUGGUGUGCUUGUGGCGGGCAUUUUCUUUAAUAAGGUGUUUGGUGAGUCCGUCACAUCCACAUUGUUACCGCUCUUCAUCGCCUUGCUGACGCUUGGAAACGUCAUGGUUGUUUCAUUCGCCCAUUCUAUCGUCAACCAAGAAUUGGCCCGCAACAACUACCUCCCAUUCUCCAAGACAUUCGAGAACUUAAACUACUCGCUUAUAUUACACUGGUUCGUCACCGUGGUGAUUCUUGUGGGACCACCCAGUGCAGACGUUUACGAAUUUGUCGUCAACUUGUACAUAUACCCAGGCACAUGGAUCAACGUUGCCAUCACUGCUGGACUUGUCUACUUGAAGCUCAACGCUAAGAAAGAAAACUGGGGUAAUUUGAAGUACGUGGAAGACCUCGAGAUCGUCCAAGACGACGAAGAAACCAUACCGCCCGAGUUUCUGCCUACGGCGUCGCCUUCGAGUACGCCAGAGCUGGAAAACGCUUCAAUCCAAUCGUUCAUCCCCCAAAACCACGAAGAUGACUCUGCAUUCACCGAGUUCAACCAGCUCAUCCUGAGCCAUGCCCACCUUACCACCAAGCAUAAGUCAUUUUCCGCCUCGUGGGUCUGUGUGAUACUUUUCCUCAUCACCAACAUCUUCCUAGCAAUUUUGCCAUUUUUCCCACCGCCAAAAGGCACCGUUUCCAGUACCAUCCCAUACUGGUGCUUCCCAGUGGUAGGCACAGGCUGCCUUCUCAUUGGUGCCGUUUUCUACUUUUCCCGCCAGUACUACUACGAAAAACAAGGCUGGGUCCCUCCCGUCUACGAGGAAGAGUACCAGGAUUAA